AUGGCAACACAACCCUUUACUGGUCCCUCUAGAACAGUUUGUGAAACUGAAACAGAGCUCCCACGAAAAGAAACUGAAACAGUGCUCCCACAAAAAGAAACUGAAUCAGAGCUCCCGCAAAACAGAACUAGUGAGGCAGAAAAUAGUAAUAACCAGACCUGCAACAUUCAGAAGAAUGUAAUUACCGCAACAAAAAGCAAACGCGCUGGGGUUUUCGACUUCAACAACGAAUAUCAUGAAGGUGGUGCUGUUGAUCAUCAUCAAGGAAGGAAGGUUCAAAACAAAACUGACUACAACAUUGAUGGCAACAAGAUUGAUUCAAAAGAAGGGGAGUUUGUUGGGAUCAGUAAAUUUGGCAACAAGUACUGCAACUCGAGGAAAGACGAAGCAAGAAGCUCGAGCGAAGAAGAAGGAACGAGCAAGCCAUGA